AUGAAUCUACCCUCGAAGAAGAGCAUCCUCAAGAGCGUCUCUACUGGCCUCGCUGAGUUGCAUGACACAAACAUUAUCCAUACAGACAUCAAGCCAAGCAACAUCCUGAUUGAUUAUGAAGAAGUGUCUGAAGGUGAUCCGGCAGUAACCCAAGUCCGGAUUUCCGAUCUGGAGGACUCGGUCCUCUUGCCUCCUGGCUCGAGCAUCGGGGGAUGCCUAUGCGGCAACGAGCUCUGGCAGAGUCCCGAGUCCUGGGAACGAGCGAAACAAAACACCUCGUCCGACAUCUACUCGCUUGCCAUUGUCUCCAUCUAUGUCAUGCUCGAUGAUAUGAUCCUCCACGCAGGCGAGGCAGAACUGAGCGGCGAUAUCGCUUGGUGGCAUGUCCUGCGGAGGCAUAUUUCGUAUUUUGGGGACGAAGAGGGGUUUCGCGGCCUUCUUGACCAUAUCGGACGGGAAAGCCCCUUUCACGAGUGUCUGAUCGCCGUCGCUGCGGACUUCGACCCCGAGCGACCCAGGAAACCGUUUGCGCUGUGGCACUACGUCAACCCAGAUUUCCGAGAUCUGAUCGAAAAGAUGGCGCGGCUGGACCCCAAGAAGAGGAUUACUGCGAGGGAGGCUCUGCACCACCCGUGGUUUCAGAGGGGGGAAAGGGCCAGCUGAUACCCACCGGCCCAGGUAACAAAGCCAGUUGAAACUGCCUGGUAGAUGUAUAGCGCCAUCGGAUGAACGCCCGGGCCUCCUCAGUAACAGUCAUACUAGUGAAGACAUUAGUGACAUUAAGCCUGUCAUGAAAGCCAGCCCUGAGAAGAGGAUCAGCCUAAAACAAUGUCCGAGUACCCAGUGGCAUGUGCUACUGCAAGAAGUCCUGCGUCCAAGCGAAGACCAAGCUGAAAAUGAAGCUGGUUCUCGACACGGACAAGGAAGAGGAAGAAUUACUAUACUAUGUCAAGGCUGAACAACUUACGUCAAGACUAAACCACUUCUGUCAAUACUCGUAUUAUAUAACAAAGAAAAACGACCAAAGACCUUUCGCGACGUCAGUUAACCGCCACCGUCGC